UGGUCCAAACAAGAACCGAAAAUGAUCGAUACACAUUUUCACACAUUUCAAAGAGAUUGUUAAAGAUGAUCCCAUAUUCCUGGUCUCUGUAAUCUUUAUAAAACUAAGAGUUAUAUUGACAUUUCAAAAUUAUGUCGCUUGAGGAUCCAUUUUUUGUGGUCAGAGAUGAAGUACAGAAGGCCUUGCAAUCUGCCACAAGUCUAUAUGAGAGGUGGAGUGAGUUAAUUAAUAACCCAAAGAGUGUAUCUAAGGAAGAAUAUGAUUGGACAACUAAUGAAUUGAGGAACAGUUUGAGGAGUAUAGAUUGGGACCUGGAAGACUUAGAAGAAACCAUUGAUAUUGUUGAGAAAAAUUUGAAAAAGUUUAAAAUAGAUGAAUCUGAACUUGAAGACAGAAGAUCUUUUAUCAGAAGGACUAGAGUCUCUGUUAAGUCAAUGAAGGAUAAUUUAUCAAGUAAACAGACAAAGGGGAAAGAUGAAACAAAUGUGAGACAGGCAUUGCUUAGUAAUGGACCAAAUAGACCUCACGACAAAUACACACGGUUAGACCAAGAAAUGGAGAGGUCCAAUCAGAGAUAUAUAGAGGACACAUCUCAACAACAACAGUUGAUCAUGAGAACACAAGAUGACAACAUGGAUCUUAUCAGCAAAAGUGUUGGAUCUUUGAAGAACAUGAGUCAACAAAUUGGCAGCGAAUUAGAGGAGCAAAAUGUUAUGUUAGAUGAGUUUCAUACAGAAAUGGAUCACACAGAAAGCAGAAUGGACGUCACAAUGAAGAAAUUGGCUAAAGUUAUGCAUAUGUCAAAUGAUAAAAGACAGUGGUGUGGAAUAUUUGUGCUGAUUGGCAUUCUGAUUGUGAUUAUUAUAUUUUUUUUUGUUUUAUGAUAUCUUAAAGUUGUUAUUUUUACAGAUAUUUAUAUGUAUGAGAAGUCUAUUUUAAGAUGCAAAACAAAAACAUAGGCUAGAGUAGCUGUAGUUAGAAUGUACACUAUUGAGCCUUAUCAUGAAUGUUGAGAUUAAUGACUGAUUGAUUGCUGGCUUUAGUUUGUCACAUCGACACACAAUGGCCAUGUGGUUGUAGUGUAGAUACUUAGUAAACUGUGUGGAAGGGACCAUUUACUUACAGCAGUGCAAUAGCUGUGUGUGUGAAACUCUUAUCAAGACCACUUAUUCUUGUAUAUGGUUGUAAAAUUUUGUCAGAUGUAUUUAGUUAAAAAGUUUAAUCAUUUGUUAAAUUAUGAAUGUUUUCCUAUGAUAUAGCGUUACUUAAAGACAGUAUUCAAAAUAAUUUUUGAAGCCAGCCAAAGGGAAGGUUGCCCUUAUUUUUAUUUUAUCUGCCAGGAAAAAAAGUCUAGUCAAAAAGAUUGUCUAAAUGUUUAUUUUUUUUUUCUAAUUUAUAUGAAAGUGGCAAACCCACAUUUGGUGUCCAGUUCAGCCACCUCUGCCGGACCAGAAUGAGGUUUGGCAGACAAGUCCGGUAAAUACAACAGUUUUGGAACCCAUGGCCAGAGGAUUGAAAUAGUUUAAAUGGACUUAUUACUGGCUUGAUACAAAAGUUACUAUUCUCAUUAAUUCAAGAUUUUAGUUUUUAACCGCUUGGGUUGUUAUAUAGUGUAAGCAACACAGAUAAUGUAAAAUUGUGUACACAAAAAAUACCUUGCCAAUAAGACAGCCUUAUAUUAUAUGUUAUUCAUAAAUCUAUACACAUAGUUUAAGCAUUGUCACAAAAUUUUUUUAGUCGAAGCUAUUUGUAAGAUAUUGUUUAUAUUUCUGCAUUUUGUGUUCAUUGUUGAUUUUGAAAAAAAAAGAUUGUUUUUGUUUAAUCUUUCAUUAUGUCAUAAUUUUGUUAACUUACUACUGUAAUUUCAAAAAUCCUAGAUAAGAAGUCAAAAAUCAAAGAGAGAGUUUUUGUGAUCAAAAUAAUCAAAUAGGACGAGCACCUCAUUAAUAAAGUUUCAACAUGAACAUUAAGAUUAAUUAUUUUUUUAAAUGGUAAAAGUAAUAAUUCUUUUACUUAGGGAAUGUUCAGUGACUAGCAUGUGGAUGUAAGAUUUGAACAAAAGUAUUCUGAAAUUAAAAUCUUAUGAAACAAAUUUACCCCAUCCUUGAACCAGCUAAAUUAAAAAUUUAAUUUUGGUUUUUUUAUCCCCAACAGUGAUGUUGUACACCCCAAUUGGUAAAAAAUUGUAUUUUAGAUUUAAGAAGUAGUAUUCCCAAAUAAUUUUUUUUAUUACGGAAAUUAAAUUCAUUUUGUAAAUUAUAAUGAUGAUAAUUUUUACCCAAUCCAUGGAGAUCUUCAUCUACACAACAGGUAUGAGCCUAACCAAUACACGAGUCUUUCCCUUGGGCAUUGUCUAUCUAAAUUCAGCAAGAAUGGGAUUUAUGACUUGAACAAAAAAAUCAAUCACCAAAAAUGUUGACACAUAGAUGCCAUGCAUCGUAUAUAUAAAUCUCAUUUAUUUUGUUGACUAAUUCACAAUUUCAUUGAACGAAAUUGAUAUUUAUAAUACAAAUGAAUAUUUUCUUUCUCUUUUUCUUAUUUUACUUUUUCCAUUAGAUAUGAUGUGAUAUUGUCUGUUUUAGGACCUAAUGAAGCAGUCCAGUAACAAUGCUAAAACCAAAAUUUUAUUUAAUCCAACAGGCAUUCUUUCCACUUGAAAAAAAAAUCUUUUUACAUGGGUAUAAGUAAGAAUUAAGUUAAAUCUCAACAAUUACUAUUAUCUUUUCAUUUAAAUUACAGUGUGCCCCCUCCACUAAGUACAUGUAGUUAUAAAAUAUUUUUUUCCCCAUGUCUGGCUUUGUUUGUUUGUUAUCCUAAUAUUUUCUAAUAAAUGGUUUCAGAUAUUGAUCUGAUUGUUAUGCAAAACUGUACUUGUAUAAAAAGAAUUACACAAAAAUAAAUGUGUGUUUUUCUUCUCAUUCCUUUUGGCAUAUUGAAAUUACAACUCUUGACCUUCAAAAUUAAUAUCGAUCUGACUUUUUGGGCAUUAAAUUGUAUGAUUUGGAAUUACAAAAAAAAAAUAUGCUAAAUAAAUGAAAUUAUGCACUUAAAUGCACUUUCAAAUAAAGCAUUCAUUCCAUGAAAAACAUACUUAUUUACCACUUUUUUUUGUUUUUUCUUGACGGCUAGGAUGUUCUUACAUUUACAUGAUUAUUUCAAGACAAACACAAUACCCCCUUUGUCAGAAACCUACCCUAGGGUAAAAAUCUGUGUAUAUACACAAGUGAAAAUAGUAAAAUUAAUACACCAAAAAUAAAUUUAUACAUUCAAAAUACAUAUUUUCUUAUAUACAAAUUAUAUCAGAAAAAAUAAUGCAUUGUGAUAAUUAUGAAAAUAAGAACUAUUUCAGUGUUAUUUUUUUCCCUGUCAUCCCAAUUUAAUUUUAUAAGAUAUGUAAGUCAUCAUCUACUUGAAUUUUAAGAUUUUAAAUAUGGUGCUUCAUCAAUAAAUCACCCAUUUUUAUACCCCACUCUAAAUGUGGGGAUAUACUGCAAUAACCUUGUCCAUUUAUUUCGUUGAUCAGUCAGUCCAUCUUUUAGUCCAACAAAAGUGUUUGUCAGACUGGUUCUCAUAUUUGUCAGCAGCUUGAUAGUGACGAGUUGUAAUGUGUGAGCACUUUUCAUAUCUAUCAGACACCUACUUUCUGUUUGUUGAUUCUAUUAAUAUUUCAAUAUGUUGAAAUAACUUUAAAAACAAUUGUAAUACAUUUCUCCAGUAGUAUUGAACUUCAUAUUUACUUAUCAGCAUAAUUAUGAUUAGUUGUACAAUAUGUGUGUGCUUUUUGGAUCUGCUGGACAUCUACUUCCUGUUUGCAGAUACUUUAAAUUGUCCAACAUAGUGAAUGAAAACAAAUAUUUUUUGUCAAAGUUUUCUCAAAAAUCUACAGAACAGAAUGACUUCAUAUUUGGUUCACAGUUUGACAGUAAUAGGUUGUAAAGUGUGAGCAAUUUAUUUUUGGAUCUGUCAGACACCGUUUUACUAUUUUUACAUAGAUUGAAUUAUGCUUAGCUCGACAUGGCAUUCAUUCUUGUUUCGUCAUCUCUCCACUCAAUGUUAAAUUUUUUUCAUGACCUGAUUUUCAUUAAAAUCAUGAAAUGCUCUCUAUUUGUUUAUUUUAAAAUAAUGCCUUAUUAGCCUUCUGUUAAAAUACAACGAUUUUACUUCCGAUUGAAAAAUUUAUUCCCUUUGUUAGAUGAAGUUUAGUAUUUCUUCUUUGAAGACGGGAUCACAGAUAUACUAGAUGAUUUGUUUUUUUACUGAGAAUCUUUUUUUAGCACAAACAUUUGUCUUUGUAUGAUUUUUACAAAGAACAGCACAAAAAGUUAAAGUUUAUACUUUGAUGUUGUCCAUAUAAGGAGUGAUACAACAAAAGUGAAUUAUACAUUAAUUGUACUUCAACCUUUUUGAUAGUGCUUUUGUUUCAUUAAGAUAUGUUGUGCAUAAUUUAUUACAAUAAAAUCUAAAAAGAUUUA